GUCUAUUUUUUACCCAAAUCUUUUCAAAAUUCUUUUAUUUUAUCCAAACCUAUUGAAUUCCUAAUAAUUAUCCAAACGUUAACUCUCUAUCAACUUUUCUGUUAUUGAUGCUGACUAAGCAUGACCAUGAUGAGUUGGCUUCCCACGUGGCCGUUAGAAUACUAUAAUUUACUAUUUUUAAUAAAUAAAUAUCAAUAAAUAAAUAAAUAAAUAUUUAAAAAUGACUUCCCCUCCGCUCCGCCAUUUCUCCCCUGCCGCAGCUGCGACAAAAGCCGCCACAACAGCUGUUGCUUCCUCAAUCUUCAAAAAAUCACAAAACUGGAAACAAACAAUCCCCCGUUCCGGUACUACAGAGGGAAACAGGGGAGAAAGAGAAAAUUAGCAUAAACCCUAAUUUAAAGCUACACAACUACAGUCGCCACCGUCGGCCUCCUCCUCAACGGCGCUUCUCCAAAUUCGGUGAAACAUCUCCACCGAGCACGACUCGAUCUCGAUCGAUUUGGCCGUCGUCGUCGUUGCUGGGGCAUAUGGGGAAACCCCUUGUUGUCGUUGUCGGAAUCGAAAGCCCAAUCAGAGAAGCUUCCUGCUCCUCUUCAUCUUCCUCCAAUCCUCCUGCACCAGCACCAACGUCAGCGUCAGUCCAAGCAAUCCUCACGAUCUCUGCUCCUUUCCGGCUCCCAACCCAUCAUCGAACUCGAUUCCCCAAAACCCAUCUUUUGAUUUUUUGUUCUUCCGAUUCAUAGAUCUGGAUUUCCAGUUUCGACGGCGACGACGUGUGGGGUUGGGCGUUGGUGUUGGUUUAAUGAAAAUAGGUUUUGUGGUGUGGAGGCGGAUGCAGAGGCGGAGAAUGGAGGAAGAAGAAUCGAUGGAGUUGCAGAGCUAUGGAGUUUUUAAAUUUCUAAUUAUUUUCUUUAGUGAUAUAAGAGAUUUUUUUUCAUUUCGGAGUGGAUGCUGACAUGGAUGCAUACGUGGAGUUCUUUUACGAAAUAAGUAACGGUAACAGAACGAAUGCCCAGACUUUGAUAAGUUACAAUAACUUUGGAUAAUAAAUAGAAUUUUGAUAGGUUUGGAUAAAAUAAAAGAAUUUUGAAAAGAUUUGGAUAAAAAAUAGACAUUGUCCAAAUAAAAACGUAGAAUGAUUGAGUCCGAAGGCAUGACAACGGGAUGGGAUUAGGUGCUAACCCUUAUAGGGGUUAGCACCGUAAUAACUAGCAAAAAUCACUAUGAAUUAUUAUAAAAUCAAUACAACAUCUAAGCUAAAUUACUACUAAUUCAAACUAGUAGUAGUUUUUCCCUUGAUUAGAACGGUGCUAACUAUUGUACAAUUAGCUAGCCGUUCCCAUGACAACCGGUUCCAAAAUCUCCCCCUCACUUUCGCCACUUUCCUCUCUUUUUCAAACCAAGACGAAGUUAGAAAAAAAUAACAAUAACGAUAACAACAACAACAAAAAAAUUGUCAGCGAUAAACAUUCUCUUCCUUCCCUUACAUUUCCCCCCAAUUUCCCCUCUCUUCUUCUCGCAUCAUCGUCAUCAUCAUCAUCAUAAGCUUUUUCUUCGUCGUCGUCUUCAUGGCAGAACUCAUAGAAAGCUACGCAUCUUCCCCAUCGACAGAGCGCGGGCGCGGAAUUCUAAUAUCCGGCGAUGCAAAAUCCAACAGCAUUCUCUACACCAAUGGCCGCUCCGUCAUUAUCAGGUACCUUGACAAGCCCCUGAAAGUCGACGUCUACGGUGAGCACGGCUACCCUGUCACAAUCGCUCGCUAUUCCCCCAAUGGGGAGUGGAUCGCAUCCGCCGACACCUCCGGAACCGUCCGGAUUUGGGGCGUCCACAACGGCUUCGUCCUCCACAACGAAUUUCGGGUCCUCUCUGGCCGAAUCGACGAUCUGCAAUGGUCUCCCGAUCAGCUGAGGAUCGUUGUCUCCGGCGACGGCAAGGGUAAAUCUUUUGUACGUGCUUUCGUGUGGGAUUCGGGAAGCACCGUGGGGGAAUUCGAUGGACAUUCAAAACGGGUGUUGAGUUGUGCGUUCAAGCCCACUCGACCGUUCCGUAUAGUUAGUUGUGGAGAGGAUUUUGUAGUGAAUUUCUAUGAAGGCCCUCCGUUUAAGUUCAUGCUCUCUCACAGGCAGCACUCCAACUUUGUGAAUUGUGUUAGAUUUUCACCAGAUGGCAGCAAGUGCAUUACCGUGAGCUCUGACAAGAAAGGGUUAGUCUACAAUGGCAAGACUGGUGAAAUCAUUGGAGAGUUGUCCCAUGAAAAUGCUCAUACAGGUAGCAUAUACGCCGUUAGCUGGAGCCCAGAUAGUAAGCGGGUGCUAACAGCUUCGGCUGAUAAGUCUGCCAAAGUAUGGGAGAUUUCCGAGGAUGGGACUGGGACCGUGGUAAAGACAUUGACGUGUCCUGGUUCUGGUGGAGUUGAGGAUAUGUUGGUUGGAUGCCUUUGGCUCAACGAUCAUAUCAUUGUUGUUUCACUUUCUGGAGCGAUUAACUUGUUCUCUGCAAGUGAUCUUGAUAAAGCUCCAGUGUUGUUGUCGGGGCACAUGAAGAAUGUCACAGCAUUGACACUGCUCGAAAAUGAACAGAAGACGAUUUUGACAAGCAGCUACGAUGGCCAACUCAUCAAAUGGAUACAGGGAAUUGGUUAUGCUUGUAGAUUACAGAGGGGGAGCAAUUCCCAGAUUAAGUGUUUGGCAGCUGCUAAAGAUGAGAUCAUGACAUCCGGAUUCGACAACAAGGUGCAUAGAAUGGCUCUACAAGGGGAUGAAUGUGGGGCAGUGGAGGCGGUUGAUGUUGGUAGCCAGCCCUUGGGCUUAUGUCUCGCCAUGAACUCACCAGGGUUGGCUUUGGUAUCAACUGAAUCAGCAGCUAUUUUGCUCAAUGGCCUGAAAGUCCUGUCGACCACUAAGCUCAACUUUGCAGCCACAGUGUGUGCAAUAACACCCGACGGAAGCGAAGCCAUCAUUGGUGGAAAUGAUGGGAAGUUGCACGUCUACUCUGUCUCGGGUGAUAGCCUGGCUGAAGAAGCCGUCCUUGAGAAACAUAGAGGUGCAGUCAAUGUAAUCCGCUAUUCUCCUGAUUUGUCCAUGUUUGCUUCGGCCGAUUUGAACCGUGAAGCCGUUGUGUGGGACCGCUCUUCUCGAGAGGUUAAGCUGAAUAACAUGUUGUACCACACUGCACGGAUCAACUGCCUUGCAUGGUCUCCUAAUAGCACAUUUGUGGCUACUGGGUCUCUGGACACAUGUGUGAUCAUUUACGAAAUCGGGCAGCCGGUUUCGAACCGUAUAACCAUAAAAUUGGCUCAUCUAGGCGGAGUAUACGGAUUGGCAUUUACUGACGAUUGCACCGUGGUCAGCUCAGGAGAGGAUGCUUUUGUUCGUGUCUGGAGGCUCCCAUCGCAAUAGUAACAAUAAUAUAUAUAUAUAGGAGCUGCUCUCUUUCUGACUUCUGUUUCUUGUUUGAUGUUAGAGAUGAACAGCGUGAGAAUGGCAAAUAAAACGGUAGGUAUAUGAGAUGCAAAUGCGUGCUGCUAUGGUUGGAGAUGGGGAUCAAGUUUUGAUCGAUAUUCAUGGAGAGCAAGUUAAAAUUCACAAGUUUUUUUUUUUUUUUUUUUUUGCCAAAUAUUAUUCACAAGAGUGUUGUUUCCCCAUCUUUGAUUAACUUUCCUUUUAUAACUUCCGCUUCCACUUUCAAAUAUUUUUUUUUUUUAUGUAAUGGAGCUUAAAUAGUUAAAUGUUGUAUCUUCUUACGAGUAACUUGAUUAUAUUUGUAUAGCGUUGGCGCCCAAUUUAAUUUCGAGUGCAUUUCUUCAUGUACAUCCGGCUGGUAUACCUUUGAAACACUUUUUUACGAUUUAUCGUAAUCACACGCCAAAAUUCUGGAAGGAUUUAUAUUUUCAUCUAUCCAACGAGUACCAUUAUCUCAAUCUUUAUGUUUGGAUUAGGACUAAUUGUCAUUCAAGGUCCUGUACAACGGGAAGAUAACAAACAAACCCUUAUACU